UGAAAGACAGAAAGAUCAACCUCCCUUUUGCGACAGUACGCCGCAAAGUCUCCCGCCGGAUGCUUUCCUUCAUUCUCUUGGCUCUUCUGGCUCACGCCUUACCAGUAAAAUGUCAAAAUCUACUUCAACAGAAACUAAACAUAAUUAUCCUGGCCGGACAAAGUAACAUGGCCGGUCGUGGAGGUGUAGCCAAUGACACUGCAACGGGCAUUCCGACUUGGGACGGUGUAGUUCCUCCACAGUGCCAGCCAAACCCUUCAAUCAUCAGGCUGAGUGCGGACCUGGCGUGGGUUCAAGCCCGUGAGCCAAUCCAUGCUGACAUUGAUGCCAGGAAGACAAACGGGAUUGGACCUGGAAUGCCAUUUGCCAAUGCUGUCUUGACCAAGGACUCCAACUUUGGCGUGGUGGGAUUGGUGCCUUGUGCCGUUGGAGGGACUGCUAUAAGCGAAUGGCAGAAAGGGCAGUUUCUGUAUGAGCAGCUGGUGAAGAGGGCUCAGAUGGCCCUGCAAAGCGGAGGAGUAUACAGAGCGAUGCUCUGGUAUCAAGGGGAGACUGACACAUUUAGUCAAGAAGAUGUUGAAUUAUAUAAAGGUAGAUUGAAAAGGUUUUUCAAUGAUCUACGCUCUGAUCUUCAGGCACCUAUGCUCCCAAUAUUCCAGGUGGCUCUAGCAUCAGGAGAAGGACCUUACAUUGAAGAAGUGAGAGAAGCCCAGUUAGGAAUAGGGCUUCCGAAUGUGAAAUGCGUGGACGCUAAGGGACUGCCACUCGGACCAGAUGGUCUACAUCUCACCACUCUGUCCCAGGUGAGACUUGGGGAGAUGUUGGCUAAUGCAUUCCUUCGGUUCACAUCCAGCCCAUUAUGCUGCAACGAUGCUCCAACCAAUUUUUCAAGUUUCGUUCCUUAUUUUUUAAUAUUUGCUCAAUUUUUAAGAUGUCUUUGGAUGAUCCUUAAUUUCAUAUAGGGAUAGGUUCUAAAUUUUUUAUUGUUCUCUCUGUUCAUAUUUAGGAUAAGAAUAAAAAGGAAUUAUAUAUGAACUGAGAAUCUGAGAUUCAGCAAUGGCUGCUGGAA